GCUUAAUUUUGUAAAUGGUGACGACAUUAUUUUGUAUAAGUUGUUAAACAAUUUGAUGAAACUGAAAUAGUGAUGUGGUUAAUAAAUUUAUUAUAGUACUUAAUUUAGUGUACAAUUCUUAACGAAAGAUUAGUAAGCUGUAGUGUUGUAAAAUAAGUCAGAAGUAGAAUUAGUCAUUGAACUAAAUUAAAUAGAAAUUGGUGAAUCAUCAAUAUUCUUGACUUUCAGCUUUAAUAAAGUUUUGCUAAAGGUGUGUUGAGUUUUUUUUAAAAUGGAGUGGUUAUUCGGUCACCGCAUGACGCCUGAGGAGAUGCUACGUAAGAACCAGCGUGCCCUCAAUAAGGCCAUGCGCGACCUUGACCGGGAGCGCCUCAAGAUGGAACAACAGGAGAAGAAAGUUAUUGCUGAUAUCAAGAAGUUGGCCAAGGAUGGACAGAUGGAUGCUGUGAAAAUAAUGGCGAAGGACCUGGUGCGCACGCGGCGCUACGUGCGCAAGUUCAUGCUGAUGAAGGCCAACAUUCAGGCGGUGGCCCUCAAGAUCCAGACCCUUAAGUCGCAGAGCACGAUGGCGCAGGCAAUGCGCGGCGUCACACGCGCCAUGGCCACCAUGAACCGCCAGCUGAACAUGCCACAGAUACAGAGGAUACUGCAGGAGUUUGAGAAGCAGUCGGAAAUCAUGGACAUGAAGGAGGAGAUGAUGAACGACUCAAUCGACGACGCCAUGGAGGCGGAUGAUGACGAAGACGAGAGCGACGCGGUGGUGGCUCAGAUCAUGGACGAGCUGGGGCUGCAGGUCAACGACCAGCUGUCCGGACUGCCGCAGGCUACCGGCUCGCUCUCCGUGGCCAGCAAGCAGCCGUCGGCGGUGGCGGCGGGUGCGGGCGGUGCGGGUGGUGCGGGGGGCGCGGCCAUGACGGACGCGGACGCAGAGCUGCAGGCGCGCCUCGACAACCUGCGCCGCGAGUAGCUCCCCCCCGCAACACAUAUACACUGUAGCGCUCUGUGCGAGUCAACGCUAUGCUAGUAACGAAUAUCAUUCACACGGAAACUUAACUAAUACUGCAUUUUAUUUUAUAAUUAAUGAGGAGAUUUCAGUCUAGGACAAUUCUUUGUUCUAUUCGUUUUGAAAUAAUGUUGAAAACCGAUUGUCGGUCCUUCGAGUCGGAUGCAACGUAAGGAUCUAAUGCAAAUCUAACAAAUUAUAACAUUACAAUUUCAAACGUGAAUGUAUAUUUUAAGAUAACAAUCUUCUAUUUAAAAAUAUAACAUGAAUGUGCUUCAAAUGUCAUGUUAACAGUAAAACGCUAUUGUAUGAAAAUGGAAUAAGGAACUGUUGUGACAUGUUACUAAAUUAAGGUUCACAACAAAGUACAUCUGCGACAGAUUUGUCGUGUCGUGUCGUGUCACGUCACGUGGCGUGGUGUCGUGUCGUGUGACGUCACGUGGCGUGGUGUCGUGUCGUGUGCGUGUUGUUGUAACGUGGCUGUAUUUUGUCUGCGAUAUGUUUGUAAAUAAUAGAUUAUAUUUAUAUGAAAAUAUUCUUAUUAUGUUUUAUUUAUUUACUUACCUCAAUAUCAGAUAAAUGUCUAGCUGUCACCCGCGACUCCGUCUCUGUUCCUCCACACUACGCUAUACCAUUAUAUCUAUGACAAUUUUCAUGGAGAUAUCUUCUAACAAACAUCCAUCGAUGUUAACUAUCGCAUUAAUAAUAAUAGUAAGAUUGAAAAGAAACAAAUAAUAAGGGUACACAUAUUUAUUUGGAAAAAUAGUCGAUCCUCCUAGCGAGGCAUAUACAAAAGUUAUAUAUAACAUGUACAUACAAAGACAUGUUGUCACACAGACAGCAACCACUCGCCAGGUAACAAACACCAAAUAUAAUUUACAUUAAAAACUGAUAUUUUAAUUCUAACUACAAAUAAUACGUUACUAUAUAAAUAUGUAAACAUAUAAGUGAAGUAGGAGAAUGUAAAAUGUUUAAAAAUAUUUAACUUUGUAGUAAUAUGUCAUGUCAUGUCUUUAUGUCACACAAGUGACAUAGAUUGGAAGAUAAAUGUAUUUAUUUAUGUAGUGCAAUAUUAGUUAUAUUGACUAAAUGUUUGUCGCGAUAUGUCUGUCCGUCCGUCUGUCUGUCUGUCUGUCUGUCUGUGUGUGUGUGUGUGUGCAAUGAGCGCGCAGACAACUGUAUCUACUCCACUAAUUAUAUACUUACUUAUGUAAUUAACUUUGUAUUUAUAUAAACAAAUAUAACGAACAAUAAGAGAUUACACAUCACCAUUAACUUAAUCAUUAUAAACACAAUUUUAACAUUAUCAUGAAAUAUAAAUACAAGUUUUGAAGACAUUGACAUAUAAAUAAAUAAAUGUUUUUUUUUUCAAUUUAGUUUUGUGAGAAAAUAAUAAAUACAUAUAAAAUGCUUUGUUUUACCUUCAUGUGAUAAAACAAUACUAUACAAUUAGUGCCCGCACUAAUGUACAGUUUACAUCAAAUAUCUACAAUAACUUCGCAAACGUACAUCAAUAAUCAUCGCAUCGACAAAUAAAUUAUA